AUGGCUUCUCAGGGCCUCCAGAUCAUGGGUGUGCUGCUGGCCUUCAUCGGCUGGAUCGGCACCAUCAUCACCUGCGCUCUGCCGAUGUGGAGAGUGACCGCUUUCGUCGGGGCGAACAUCGUCACCGCCCAGGUGAUCUGGGAAGGCCUGUGGAUGACCUGUGUGGUUCAGAGCACGGGCCAGAUGCAGUGCAAGGUUUACGACUCCAUGCUGGCUCUACCUCAAGACCUGCAAGCUGCUCGGGCCAUGGUGGUCAUCUCUGUCGUGGUUGGGGUGUUCGGCGUUCUCAUGGCUGUGGUUGGAGGAAAGUGCACCAACUGCAUGGAGGACGAAGUGGCUAAAGCUAAAGCCUGCAUUGUGUCUGGAGUGAUCUUCAUAAUCGCAGCGCUGCUUAUCUUAGUGCCUGUGUCAUGGUCGGCUCACGCGGUGAUCAGAGACUUUUAUAACCCCAUGGUGAUCGCCGCUCAGAGGAGGGAGCUUGGAGCUGCUCUUUAUAUUGGCUGGGGCUCCGCCGGGCUGCUGCUGCUGGGUGGAGGCCUGCUGUGCAACAACUGCCCUAGAAAAGACAGCAGGCCCUACAUACCUGCCAAGUUCGCCCCUGCAAGAACCGUUCCAUCAAAUGUGGACUAUGUGUGA